AUGACAUCUGCAGCGUCUGUCUUCAUCCUGACAUGUUUGAUCGUAGGAGAAACUGCUCAGACAGUUGCUCUGGAAUCAUCUUCAUCUGUUCAUCAUGAGAGACGAGAAACUGGAGAGAAUCUGACUUUACAAUGUGCCAUAGAAAAUAUUAGUUUUACUUGGCUUUAUUGGUUCAAGCAAACUCUUGGAGAAAAACUGAGGCCCAUCUCUUAUUUCAACAAAAGUGGAAAUUUCCAUGGCUUCAGUGGUGAGUUUAACAAUCCACGUUUCACACUGAAAAGUCAAAACAGUAAAAACGAAAUAACAAUCUCAGAUUUGCAAAUGUCAGACUCAGCUACAUAUCACUGCAUAUGUUCAAAUGAAUACAUGAUAGAAAUUCUAGCAACCAUCACAGUCAGUGUGAAGGGUUCAGGUGUGAGCGUCCCAGCUCUGGUCCAUCAGUCAGAGUCUGAAACCAUCCAGCCAGGAGGCUCUGUGACUCUGAACUGUACAGUCCACACUGGGACCUGUGAUGGAGAACACAGUGUUUACUGGUUCAGAAACUCUGAGGAAGCUCAUCCAGGACUCAUUUACACCCAUGGAGGCAGGAAUGAUCAGUGUGAGAGGAACCCUCACUCACACACUCACACUUGUGUCUACAACUUGGCCAUGAGGAGCCUGAAUCUUUCUCAUGCUGGGACCUACUACUGCGCUGUGGUCUCAUGUGGACACAUACUGUUUGGAGACGGGACCAAGCUGGACUUUGGAGAUGAGGUGAGCUCUGGUGUCUUGGUGUAUUCUCUGAGUGGAGCUUUGAUAUCUGCAGUUAUCCUGAUAGUUGUCCUGGCCUUCUUAUUGUACAAGAUGAACAACAGAAACAGCAGCAAAUCUGAUGAGUCUUCCUCCUCUACAGCAGAGGAUGACCAAAACCUCCAGCAGCUCUAUCCUGCUGCAGUCAACGUGACCAAGAGAUCAAGAAGACAGAGAGAUCUGACCUGGAGUGAAUGUGUGUACCACACCUUAAGGAAGUACGUUCUAGCCACCAUCACAGUCAGUGUGAAGGGUUCAGGUGUGAGCGUCCCAGCUCUGGUCCAUCAGUCAAAGUCAGAAACCAUCCAGCCAGGAGGCUCUGUGACUCUGAACUGUACAGUCCACAGUCGGACCUACUACAGCACUGUGGUCUCAUGUGAACACAUACUGUUUGGAGACGGGACCAAGCUGGACUUUGGAGAUGAGGUGAGCUCUGGUGUCUUGGUGUAUUCUCUGAGUGGAGCUUUGAUAUCUGCAGUUAUCCUGAUAGUUGUCCUGGCCUUCUUAUUGUACAAGAUGAACAAAAGAAUCUGCUUCUUAUCUCCAGGUAUGAUCACUAACACUGUUAGUAUCUUCCUGUUUUCACUAAGUCUUCAUUCUGAAUUCAAGAGUGAUUUCUGUGUUUCACCAUCAGAGACACAAGCAAGAUUUUCAGCUCCCUCCACAACAAACAUGGAGGGUAACAGAGGAGCAGACGACGUCUCUUAUGCUGCUCUGAACGUUAACAUGCCCAACACAUCAAGAAGACAGAGAAACACAGCCAGAGAUGAAUGUGUGUAUUCCAGUGUGAGGCAGUAGAAGUCACCAUGGUUC